CCCGACAUCCCCAUCCACCCUUCUCCCAAGCCCGAGGCCGAACCCGGCACCGGCGCCAACGGCAUCAAGAUUCCGCCGAUCCUCCCCCACGAGCGCGUCUUUCCCAUACAGAUUGGCGGGGAGCUGUUCAAGCUCUCCGGAGCUUCGAUAUCGUCCGAUGCCCCCUCAUACUUUUCGCAAUACUUUGCCUGCCAGAUACGCGAAGCACAAGACAAGGGCCUAGACAUGUGCAGUGGCAUCAAGACCUUGUACAUCGAUCGCGACCCGGAGACGUUUCGCGACAUUGCCCUUCACCUGCAGGGGUACCACGUCACUCCUCGAGACGGGACGCACUUUGUUCGACUAUUUGCCGACGCACAAUUCUACAAUCUCCCAAAACUCAACUCCCAACUGUACGAAGAAAACAUCUUCAUCACCAUCGGCCACCGCGAGUUCCAGGUGCCGCGCAACCUCUUCUCCGACCCGGGCAACACGCCCAACUUCUUCACCCUCGGCUUCGCGGCCUUCUUCUCCAACCCGGAUGACCUGUUCCCCGGCCUGGACCGCAAGAACCUGAUCCGGCCGCCCAGCAUCGUCCCGCCCAGCGUGCCCAACCGCAGCGGCGACACCUUCGCCGAGCUCCUCCACCUCCUGCGCGGGUACCCGCUCGAGGUGCGCGGCGAGGCCCACCGCGAGACCCUGGCCCGCGACGCCCGCUACUUCCACUUCAAGGGCCUGGAGCAGAAGCUCGUCGCCCACUCGCUGUCGUACAACCCGUCCCGCCGGCGUCGCGAGAUCGCCAUCCGCCUCGAGGCCAUACAGAAGAGGGGCAUAAGCGUCGUUCCCGACCUCGGCUCGGUCUCCUACCCCGGUUCCAAUCCGGAUCUCGACUCCGACCUCGACCCCGGCUACGCCACCAGCUGGGUCUGGUACGCCCGCCCGUUUGUCGACGACCAACCCGCCGAGCUGGUCGUCGAGAUCGGCGCAGACCCCGCAACCGUGACGUUGACCCGCCAGGCCGACGAUGGUAUCGGCGGCAGCAGCAGCAGCGGCGGCGGCACCGCCGGCCCCGCCGCUACCCUCACGGCCACGGCCGUAUUCUCCGGCGACACGGCCGGCCGCGUCGCCCGCCUCCUCGCCGUGGUAGGCUCCAAGAUGACGUCCGGGCCGUCCGGGCCGUCGCCGUUAUCCGAACAAGGGGGUGCCAUCCCCGCGUCUUUCCCGCCCGAGGCCGCCGUCGUCCUCGACGGGGUCGACCUCGCACCCCCCCACGCGUACCGUGAUGGGGACAGGGGGGGUGAGGAGGAGGAGGUCUCGUCGUCGAUAGACAACCCGCGCAAGAGGCGCAGGGUGCACCGCGAGGCGGGCCUGGGCGCGCGCGCGGACCUAGGUCUAGGCCCAGGCUUCGACGGGGACGUGGUGUGGACCGUCAAGAAGGCCCUGUGGCGCGUCAAGGUUGAGACGGUUGGUGACUCGGUCCGUUGUGUCCUCGUUGCCGUCAAGGUUGAUGCCGUCAGUUCUGAAUUGGGUAGGAAUAUGACGAGGACAUUUCUGUAA